ACACACAGACCAGCAACUCUCUCUUCCUUCUCCCCCACCUCCCCUCUCUCUCUCUUUCUCUCUCUCUCACUCCCUCCCUCCCUCUCCCCCUUUGAGUGAGAGAGCGAGUGAUCUCCCGAAACCUGAGCGAGGCGGUCCCGGAGACACCAGAGAGGCGAUAUCCUCGUAAAGCGCAACAUGGCUACAAUUGUAACCUCCACCAGGUUUACAGACGAAUAUCAGCUGUACGAAGAGCUCGGAAAGGGAGCCUUCUCUGUUGUUCGGCGAUGUGUAAAGAAAUCAACUGGCCAGGAAUAUGCUGCUAAGAUCAUCAACACAAAAAAGUUGUCAGCAAGAGAUCAUCAGAAGCUGGAGAGAGAGGCUCGGAUCUGCCGUCUGCUCAAACACCCCAACAUAGUGCGUCUCCAUGACAGUAUCUCAGAAGAAGGCUUUCAUUACCUGGUCUUUGACCUUGUGACUGGUGGAGAACUGUUUGAAGACAUUGUCGCAAGAGAAUAUUACAGUGAAGCAGAUGCAAGUCAUUGCAUCAAUCAGAUCCUGGAAAGCGUCUGCCACAUCCACCAGCAUGACAUUGUGCACAGGGACCUCAAGCCAGAGAACCUGCUAUUGGCCAGUAAGAUGAAGGGGGCGGCUGUGAAGCUGGCUGAUUUUGGCCUUGCCAUCGAAGUGCAGGGAGAUCAGCAGGCAUGGUUCGGUUUUGCUGGCACCCCUGGAUACCUCUCGCCUGAAGUCCUGAGAAAGGAUCCAUAUGGCAAGCCAGUGGACAUCUGGGCUUGUGGUGUGAUCUUGUACAUCCUGCUGGUGGGUUACCCUCCUUUCUGGGAUGAGGAUCAGCACAAACUGUAUCAACAGAUCAAGGCUGGAGCCUAUGACUUUCCCUCUCCAGAGUGGGACACUGUUACCCCAGAGGCCAAAAACCUUAUCAACCAGAUGCUGACCAUCAACCCAGCAAAGAGGAUCACGGCUGACCAAGCAAUCAAGCAUCCAUGGAUCUGCCAACGCUCCACUGUCGCCUCCAUGAUGCAUCGCCAAGAAACCGUAGAGUGUCUGCGCAAGUUCAACGCCCGUAGAAAACUCAAGGGGGCCAUUUUGACCACCAUGCUGGUGUCCAGGAACUUCUCAGUGGGUCGGCAGCACACCAGCCCCGCCACCCCCACCACCAGCACAGCUGCAAUGGCACAGGAAGCAUGCAAGAGUUUACUGAACAAAAAGUCUGACGGCGUGAAGUCACAGACAAACAACAACAAAAACAGUGUAGUAAGCAGCAGCACCAAAGACAGCAGCAUAUCAUCCACUGCACCAAUGGAAUCACAGACCACUGUCGUGCACAAUCCAGCCGAUGGCAUCAAGGGGUCUACAGAGAGCUGUAACACCACAGAAGAGGAGGACAUGAAAGAUAAGAAAGUAUCGGUGGGCGGGGCUAGCAAUGACAGUGCAGUGGUCAGCCAAUGCAGCGGCUCCGAUGAGCCGGCUCCUCAGCCCGAGGCUUCUCCCCCCUGCCCACUACCCACCGAACCACCACAUGAUGUUAAGCAUGUUGCUUGGAGCAGUUCAGGUCAGAGCUCCUGUCCUGAUUUAGAGCCUGCUGUACCUGCUCCAGCCUCCACAACACCAGGGGGCAGCAGCGUGCACAGGCAGCAGUUACGAAAGCAGGAGAUCAUUAAAAUCACGGAGCAGCUGAUUGAGGCCAUCAACAACGGAGAUUUUGAAGCUUACACGAGAAUCUGUGACCCUGGCCUGACCUCUUUUGAGCCUGAGGCACUUGGAAACCUGGUCGAGGGAAUGGACUUCCAUAAGUUCUACUUUGAGAAUUUGCUGAGUAAGAACAGUAAGCCUGUGCACACAACCAUCCUGAAUCCUCACGUGCACCUGAUCGGAGAGGACGCCGCCUGCAUCGCUUAUAUCCGACUGACGCAGUACAUGGACAGCCAGGGCCGGCCACGCAGCAGCCAGUCAGAGGAGACGCGUGUGUGGCACCGCAGAGAUGCCAAGUGGCUCAACAUCCACUUCCACUGCUCCGGAGCGCCUGCCGCACCUCUACAGUGAACCACACUGGGCAAAGCAUGCCUGAAUAUUAAAGCUGAUUGGAGCAUUUCUUCUCCGUGCACGUCUUGCCGCCUGGAGCCCGGCCAGAAGAGAACCUCUUGAAGUUUCGAAAAACGUGAGGGAAAAAAUUUACACAACUAAGAAAUCUAUUUAAAAGUGGCCACCACUUUAGUCCAACUCUAGCUAGAUGUGUGGCGGGCGGCCACGGCAGCAGCCCUGCCUUCUGGAUGCUGCAUGCUUCUAAUGCCCACACGGGGCGCUGUAUUGUCUGUAACCAUAAUCUCUGCUGCCCAACAUUCGGAAAUGGUGUUUAAAGUAUUAAUAAUAUAUUGUAAAAUACUGAGAUCUUCACAUGUGUAAUUAAAAGCUGGUAGAGAUGGAAGUUAGAACCAGAAAUGUGAAAUUUGUGAAGAGCACACGCCGUUUUAAGGGUAAACGGUGUGAGUUUAUUACAUUUCAGAAAACAUUUUUUCUGUUAUGUCCUCUUUUUUUACGCAUAGAAUGUGAUGGCAUGGCAUAUCAGGGGGAACGAAAAAUCUUAUUAGACGUUGACGCACCAAAGUGUUGACUCUUAGACUUUGGGAAGGGGAUGUUUUAAUGUUGCUUUUAUUUUUUAUUAAAAGGGGAGAAUGGGGUUGGGGAAGAUUUUCUUUCUGGCUUUCUGUCGUGUUUUCGUGGAACUCUUGGUUUUUAAUCUCCUGAAUGAUGCUGUAUUUGAAAGUAUUUUGUGUUUUCAAGGCAAAUUGGGGACAGGAUUUAAUAUAGAUGUGCAUAAAUAGAUAUUUAUAACGAGAAAGGACAAGUGGUGUCUGGGGGAAAAGGGUGAGGAGAUGUGUGUGUUUGUGUAAGUAUAAAUGUUCUUUCUUGGGUUCAAGAUGCUCGUUGCUGUGUAGUGUUUUGCGUACCGGUAGAUCUUCCCACACACUUCCACAUGAGGCCUAAACUCAAGUUGGGUUGGUUUACUUGCCUUCAUGUAUGUUUGCACCCCUAACCACCUGGCUCUCUGAACCUGAAGUUGCAGAACUCUCACUUACUUUGAUUCAAGUUUGUUAUAUGUCUCUUGGUCCCCAGGGGGCGCUAAACACUACACACAAACACGCUCACGGUUGCUCUGCUCACUCUUUUAGGCUUCCAGCUGCGUCGUGCAUAUCAUUUUGUAGACUAUAAGCAUGUCAAAAAAGGGAAUAAAAUGAAAUGGCCUGUACUGUUUUGCACACAAGCUUGAGACUAUGCUGUUCUGUUCACUUUUUUUGUGGACUGCUUUGCAACUUCAGGUUAUGAAAUCCAUCCAUAGGGGUCCACGCUUUUGAAGAAGACCCAAACUGUCACACAUCUCCCCUUUGUGAGUGUCUGUACACUUGUUUUGAUUAUGUCUCAUCAUCAUAUAUAGUGACUUGUGUGGUUUUGGUAAAACAGUGAUCACCUGAGCAUCCACAGGCUGGUUAUUGAAUGAAAAUGACUUGAUGAAUGCAGUUCCACGGUGUUUCGGGGUCCAUUUUGUGGGAGAAUCUGUUCUGGGGACAUGGAUUUUAUUUGUAUUGUAUUUUUUAAGGUCUUGUUUUAUUUUAUUUGUAUUUUUUCAGUGUAACCUGUAAAUACUUAUGCAGAUCAUUGAUGAGGGAUGAUUCGAUCUCUUAGCCAGUCGUCUUCAUCCGACUUUCAGUAAAGUUGAAAUGCGUAGUUAAAAAAUGUCGGUUAAAGCACAUGGACACAUUGUGCUCCCUUUAAAUUUGAUCUGUGUGACCGUCAUACAUUGGAACACUGUUAUUGUGUAGAAUCCUGUGUGUGAAUUGUGAUGCCUAGGGGACUUGCCGUUCCCCCCUUUACUCUGUGCUAAGCCAUUUCUUGUGACACAUUGGGCAAAUGUUGCACCCAAGUUUAUAUGUUGAAAAAAAAGGGAGGAAAGAGAGUACUCCUGCCCUACGGCAUCUUGUUAGUGAGUUCACUUGUCCACAGAUGAAACCGUCUGGCACUGUGAUGUCUGCCAUACCUUCAUCCAGCGCUCUCUGCUGCAGUGUUUGUUCUAACUGUGUGAUAAGUCCUAGUCUCUGCCUGGCCACUUCCUCCACUCAGUGUGUCCUCUCAAAUAUGAAAAAAGUGCAGUUUAGUCUGUUAAACUUCCAUAAAAAAAAACGUAAAU